AUGUCUAAGAAUGUUUCGGUUGAUCUUGUUUAUGAAGGUUUGUUUUUAGAACUUCAAAACGCAGUUAAAACCAACAUAGACCUAAUGAACACUAUAUUAGACUCACUUAGCCAUUUCAAAAAUUCAACUGAUAAUAUUCAAGCCGAACUUAACAAGAAAUAUAAAAGUUUACCAAAAGAAAACAUCAAAUCUAAAGCCUCAAAAUCUAUAUUUAAGAGAAAGAAAGAUGAUUCUAAACAACAAGUUCCGGAACAAAGAUUGAAAGAAAUUAUGGACGCGAUGUUUUUAUCUAUUAUUGAUCCAGAUAAUGUAUCAUUCUUUGUUAAGAAGAUGGACGAUAUUUUCCUUUCAAAAUUUACUGAUAUCAGAAAUCAAUAUGUCCGCGGAAAUCAAAGAAUGACUUCUAACUAUGAGAAAAGUAUGGAAGAACUCAAGAAGAAGCAACUUGCCUACGAAAAUGCGAAGGAGCAAUAUGAUAUUGCAUUCAAUAAGGCCCUAGAGGCCUACAACAUUUUUAAAGCGGAUCGUACUCCAGAGUUGAAGGAACAGUUCAAUCAAGUGAAAAUUGUUUUCCUUGAAUGUCAAAAAGCUCUCGAGAAUUCACUUGAUACUUUAAAUAGAGGACGCUUAACCUUUAACGAGGAUUACAAUAUCACAUUAGCUAUUUGGGAAGAAGCAGAAGUUGCACGCCAGAAUACAGUUAAUACUCUUUUGAAAGAUUUUUCAACAGUAAUUCAAACUCUUGCCGCAGUCAACAAAACAUGCGCCAUGCAGAUGAAGCAGAUAGAAAAGAUCUACGAUUUCGAUGCAGAUCAUCCUCAAUACAACAAUCCAGUCUUUAAUAAAGAUCCGAAAGAUUUUACUUUCGUAGAGUUUUCAACACCGGAGCUACCUAUCGAUAUUACCGAAUUCAUUCCUACCGCAGAAUAUUUCGAUGAUGAAUUGGCCGUUUACGAAGAUGUUUUAACAUCUGAAUACGAUGGAGACGUAAAAAUACCAGCCGGAACGAUAGUUACCGUUUACUCCGUAUCUAAUGGAACAGCAGAUAUCUGCGUCACUUCAACUGGCGAAUCUGCAGUUAUUCCAACAAAUUUCUUGGCCGGAAAGGUAAUGAACCAAAGGAGACUCAUGAAAUGCAUAAAGGAGACAAAGUGCAACGGAUACAAGCUCAAAGAAGGAGCAAUUGUCGUUGCAAGUAACGCGGAACCAGGAUUCGCGUUAUGCACAACCAGUACAAACAUCAAGAUCAAGGUACCGGUGAAUAAUCUUGCACCAGCAUUUGAUUGA